UCAGUCCAUGCCCAUCGGUGGAGCACGCAGCAUAGGAUGAAAUGUAACGAAACAGACGACAGCAUUGUACCUGCUUAAAGGAGCCGUGAUCUGUGCAGAAAACACUAACAAACUCACACCGUACAUAGAGGAAAGCCGCGGGGCUGGAAAAAGAAUGCAAGAAAAGUUGUUCCGAGGGAAGAACCGAAGAUAAAAAUUAGUACGGACUCAGGACAUUCAUGAAAGUAAGGCAGACGCCGAUGAGAUCGAUCAAGGGGGAUUACCGCAAAGAUGAUAAGAAGAUGAGGAAAAACAAUACAUGUGAAUUAGGAACAGCUGCUGAUUAAGGAGUUCGGUUUAAGUGGACUAUAAUGGCUUGAUUUAAUUCAGUUUUAUCCAGAAGAAAAACGGCAUUCAUGCUCCAAGUUAAGAAAAAUAAACUUUGUUGCGUUUGAUUGGAAUAUUUCAUGAGACAGCGGACAAUCCACUGUGUUAGUUAUUUAUUGGUGAGGCCACCUGUUUCUUGGCUGAUUUGAAUCACCAUGUCAAAAGUGAUCCAAAAGAAGAAUCACUGGACCACCAAAGUAAACGAAAGCGCCGUCUACAAAGACGUCCGCGGUGAACUGAAUGCUGAGCUGCUCGGUGGAGCGGAGAAUGGAGAGUUUGCCUACAUAGGACAAGUUAACGAAAAUGCUGUGGUUUACAAGAAUGGCAAAUUAAUCGAAGGGGAAUUAAUAUUGGAAGUUGAGACGCUGCCCGUCUCCGGCUUGCCCCUGUAUGACAUCCUGACAGUGAUCAAGAAUUGUAAAGGACCGAUCAGAUUGAAAACAGUCAGGCAAGGAAACAAGCUCAACAAGGACCUGAAACGCUACCUGAGCCAGAGGUUUCAGAAGUCUUCCCCGGAUCACGAGCUUCAGCAGACGAUCCGCGAUAACCUGUACCGCCAUGCUGUGCCUUGUACAACCCGCGCCCCACGUGGAGGCGAGGUUCCUGGAGUAGAUUACAACUUCCUGUCUGUGGAGGAAUUUCUGAAGCUUGAACAGAGUGGGACUCUGCUGGAGAUUGGAUCAUAUGAAGGUAACUAUUAUGGAACACCCAAGCCGCCGGUACAGCCCCCUAGUGGGAAAGUGAUUACCAGUGAUGCUUUGCAAGACGGCCUCCCCGGCUCCCAGAACUCCACUCCCCGACGCUCCAAGUCCUACAAUGAGAUGCAAAAUGCUGGAAUAGUGCCUGCCGACCUAGAGGACGAUGACGAGGCUCCUGAAAUGAACAGUAGCUUUACAGGAGACUCCAGCGAACCUGACGAGCACACGUCCGCGCGCCCCUACACUAGCCACAGCCUUGCCUCCUCCGCGCUCCUCAGCGCCCCGUCGUCAACCACGGACGGCCCUCAGCAGCCCCACCCACCCCUCCACCCGCCUCCGCCCGAGGAGGACCCGCUGGGGCCUCUCCCCGACAACUGGGAGAUGGCCUACACGGAGAAUGGGGAGGUCUACUUCAUAGAUCAUAACACAAAGACGACAUCCUGGAUCGACCCCCGGUGCCUGGAUAAAUCACAGAAGCCCUUGGAAGAAUGUGAAGAUGAUGAAGGGGUUCAUACUGAAGAGUUGGACAAUGAGCUAGAGCUGCCAACCGGAUGGGAGAAAAUUGAGGAUCCUGUCUAUGGGGUUUAUUAUGUGGACCACAUUAACAGGAAGACGCAGUAUGAGAACCCCAUCCUCGAGGCCAAGCGCAAGAAGCAUCUGGAGCAGCAGCAGCCACCUGAAGAAUGGAUAGAAGACCACUCGUCUGCUGUUGCCCCCCUGGCCAGCUACGCCACCAACCACCAAGAGACUUACCGGGACCCUCCGCCGCCUGGUCCGCCGCCUGGCCUGCCACCUGCCAUCGGGGCAAAAAGAGGCAAGCCCUUCUUUACACGCAACCCGGCCGAGCUGAAAGGGACCUUCAUCAACACCAAACUGAAGAAGAGUCGACGAGGCUUUGGCUUCACCGUGGUAGGGGGUGACGAGCCCGACGAGUUCCUGCAGAUUAAGAGCCUAGUUUUGGACGGGCCCGCUGCCAUGGAUGGGAAAAUGGAAACCGGUGACGUGAUAGUCAGUGUGAAUGACACCUGCGUCCUGGGCUAUACUCAUGCCCAGGUGGUGAAGAUAUUCCAGUCCAUUCCCAUCGGCUCCAUGGUGGACCUCGAGCUUUGCCGCGGCUACCCACUGCCCUUUGACCCUGAUGACCCCAACACCAGCCUGGUGACCUCCGUGGCCAUCGUGGACAAGGAGCCCAUCAUAGUGAACGGGCAGGAGAGCUACGACUCGCCGUCGAGCCAUGGCAGCCAAGGCGGUAGCCAGAGUGGCAGCAGUGCCAACGUCGCGGGCAGCAUGGCGGGCAUCAACGGCAUGCGAGAGCCCCGGCCCCACAGUCCCUCGGCCGAGGUGGCCUCGAACGGUUCGCACGGCUAUCCGAACGACGUCGUGACGCUCGCCUCGUCUAUCGCCACACAGCCCGAGCUCAUCACCGUGCACAUGGAGAAGGGCGACAAGGGCUUCGGCUUCACCAUCGCCGACAGCCCCUCGGGCGGCGGGCAGCGCGUCAAACAGAUCGUGGACUAUCCACGAUGCCGCGGGCUGAGGGAGGGCGACAUCAUCGUGGAGGUGAACAAGAGGAACGUGCAGAAUCUGACGCACAACCAGGUGGUGGACAUACUCAGCAAGUGCCCCAAAGGAAGCGAGGUUACCAUGUUGGUUCAGAGAGGGGUGGCACCUGCGAAGAAGAGCCCCAAACUGCAGCAGUUGGAGCGUAAGGACAGCCAGGGCAGCUCGCAGCACAGCACGUCCAGCCAGCGCAGCGUCCACGCCAGUGACUCUCCGGCUCGCGCCUCCCAGGCCCCGACCAGCGAGACGGCCGCCCCUCCGCCCCCGCCACCCCAUGCCCAUCCCCCCCCCGGCCUGCCCCUCCAGGACCCGGCGCCGCCCGCGGCCGACGGCACCGUCCAGAAGAAGCCGGACCCCUUCAAGAUCUGGGCGCAGUCCAGGAGCAUGUAUGAAAGUAGGCUACCGGACUCUCAGGAGCAAGACAUCUUCCUGUGGAGGAAGGACACGGGCUUCGGGUUCAGGAUUUUGGGAGGAAAUGAACCCGGAGAACCAAUCUACAUCGGCCAUAUUGUGAAGUACGGCGCGGCCGACGAGGACGGCCGGCUACGCUCCGGGGACGAGCUGAUCUGCGUGGACGGCACGGCGGUGGUGGGCAAGUCCCAUCAGCUGGUGGUGCAGCUCAUGCAACAGGCUGCCAAGCAGGGCCACGUCAACCUGACCGUGAGGCGCAAGUCAGGCUUCGGAGUGAAAGUGGACGGUGAGGUGCCACCCUCGCCCGCCUCGUCCCACCAUAGUAGCAACCACGCGCCCUCGCUAGCCGAGGACAAGCGCACUCCGCAGGGCUCCCAGAAUUCCCUGAACACGGUCAGCUCCGGCUCGGGCAGUACCAGUGGCAUCGGCAGUGGCGGCGGAGGAGGGCCGGGGCCAGCAGUGGUCAACACGGCCGUGCAGCCGUACGACGUGGAAAUCCGCCGCGGGGAGAAUGAGGGCUUCGGCUUCGUCAUCGUCUCGUCUGUCUCGAGGCCCGAGGCGGGCACCACCUUUGCUGGAAACGCAUGUGUGGCCAUGCCCCACAAAAUAGGUCGCAUCAUCGAGGGCAGCCCAGCUGACCGGUGCGGCAAGCUGAAGGUCGGCGACCGCAUCCUGGCCGUCAACAGCUGCUCCAUCACCAACAAGUCCCACUCGGACAUCGUCAACCUGAUCAAGGAGGCCGGGAACACAGUCACGCUUCGGAUCAUCCCAGGGGAUGAGUCGUCCAAUGCUUCACUGCUGACCAAUGCUGAGAAGAUCGCUACAAUCACCACCACACAUGCACCUCAACAACAAGCUGCACCUGAGCCUAGGAACAACACUAAACCAAAACAGGAGUCGUUUGAGUUCAAAGCCCCCCAGGCCCCUCCUCCUCCGGCUCCUAGCCAGGCCCCUCCUCAGGACGCAGAGUUUUACUCAGUGGACCUGGAGCGGGACAGUAAGGGCUUCGGCUUCAGCCUGCGCGGAGGCCGCGAGUACAACAUGGACCUGUACGUGCUGAGGUUGGCCGAGGAUCUGAGUCACGUGAACGGCAAGAUGAGGGCUGGUGAUGAGAUCCUAGAGAUCAAUGGCGAGAGCACCAAGGGGAUGAAGCACGCCCGCGCCAUCGAGCUGAUCAAGAGCGGCGGGCGCCGGGUGCACCUGGUGCUCAAGCGCGGCGACGGCUCCGUGCCGGAAUAUGGUGGCCGUAGCGCCGACGGCCCCGGCCCCGGCACCCAAAGCAUUUCGGAAGUGAGCGCCGUGCCGACCGACAGUCAGAUCCACCCACCAUUGGAGUCCAGCUACCCACAAGACUUUCACGAACCAUCCCAGAAGGAGAACAAGCGAGGGGCAAGGGACACUGGCAAGACGACAACCAAGAAGAAGGAGCACGGCCAGAGCUCCAGCCAUCACCAUUCCAAUCACCGUCACCGCUCGCCGGACAAGAAGAGCAAGAGCAAGGGCAAGAAGAAGGAGGACAAGAAGUCGUCCAGCGGCGGGCACUCCCGCAGUCACGGCCGCAGCCACCACCACAACAGCCACCACCACAGCAGCAGCCACCACCGGAGGCAUCGCUCCCCGGACAAGGGCCGGCGCGCCCGCAGCGCAGAGAACACCCUGGACGGCCGACACGGCGGAGGACGCGGCCGCUCGCCUGGCAGACACCACCACCACAACAACCACCGCCACCACUCCUCACCGCACCGCCACAGAUCUCCCCACGGGGGGCGCUCUCCGUACCGGGCCCGAUCUCCGUACCGGGGACGGUCCCCUUACCGGGGGCGCACCGCUCACCGCUCCCCUCACCGGCACAGCUCGCCUCACCGCCCCCGGUACCAGUCUCCCAACCGGUACCGAGCGCGCUCCGUGGACCCCUACGCCGAUCGGGUGGACAACACCAAGCCGGAGAAGGAGGAGGAGGUGGCCCUGAGGGAGCCUCCUCCGCCCAUGCCGCCCUCGCGGUCGGAGAGCGUCCUGACGGAGGCGGCCGCCCUGGGCCGGCUGAACCGCGGGGACACCCUGCAGCGCGACGCCUCCAGCCUCCUCCGCGAUCCCUCGCCCGUGGACCGCGGCGGCGGCCUCCUGAAAGACCCCGGCAUGCGGGACGCCAUCGAGAGGGCUUACCGAGACGCCGUGGAGCGAGAGCGCGAGCCCCUGACCCUGCCCAGGGAGCGGACGCCCAACAGCUUCGCCGCGUACAACCGCUACAGCACGCUGAUGCGGGGCCGCUCUCCGGAGAGGGAGGACUCUCGGCUCGGGUCCCCAGGGACCCGCUACCGGACACGCAGCCUGGGGAGGGAUCUGUCUCCGGAGAGGAGCUACGCGUAUUUGGAGGAGGAGGAGGAGGAUGAUGAUGAUUACGAAGACGUGGAAGAGACGCCUGACUACUACAGGGUGCCGAGGCCCACCUUCGGCCGUGUAACCAACACACUGCCGGAGCCUAAACCUAAGCCCUACAAAGACAACUCCAGAGACCUCAGCAUCUGACCAAGCCUCUCCGCAACCCUCUAAGGCUCCCUCCAACUCAGCCGACCCCACCGAGUGCCCCCUUCAUCUGUGGGGCACAAGGACCCUGGAGAAACUAAUUCACCCAUAAGACAUCCAUGAUCUUCGUGCUCCUUAACAGAGAUUCAGAACUUUGAAAACCACUGGAAGAAUGAUAAUAGGGUCUUUUUUUUUCGAUUUGAUUAUUCAGGUUUAGGUGGUGAUCUUUUUCUUUUAAUUUCUUUCCUGCUAAAGGUGAUCCAUGAAGUUAACAAAUAUGUACAAAAUACAAUUAUGUGCCUAACAGAACCAUUAUUGACCUUUUCGUUGGAUGAGAGACAGGCUUUUUAACUGCUGUCUGACUCAUUGUUUGUUUUCCUCUCCAAAGGACCUGUUCAUGCACCAACCAGCUCUGUUAGUGGUGCUCAGACAUAAUGCUGUGCAUGUCCUUACAGUCUUGCUGUCUUUCUUUUUAUCUCCUCAGUGCCACUGUUUUUUUAACAUUGGACCAGAGUAUAGCACAAGCCUGCAUUUGUUUGUAUAUUUUUGACAGUUUGCAGUAUGUGUACAUUCAGAGGUGAUCAUUUUAAAUGAAUAAAGGGAAAAUAAAAUUAUGAUAAUGUUAAAAAUAAAAAAAAUAAUAUAUUAAA